AUGGCGGCAAUGAACACGGUGACGACUAUGCCAGGCGGACAGCAGAUGCUAAUGGAGCCUGUGACAGGACAGUUCCCCCCGCAGACCGUCGGACCUAUGGGUGCUGCACCCACGACUAUGCCACCCGUAUCGCAGUUGCCGCCUGGCACCACGGCCCCUGGUCCGAUGGGUGCGCCCAUGUAUGCUGCUCCCAUGCCUGCGGGAACCGACGGUGCACCCGUGUAUGCAGCUCCCACCGGCCCAGACGGUGCCCCCAUGGGUGCGCCCAUGUAUGCAGCUCCCACUGGCCCGGGCGGUGCUCCCAUGGCCAUCGGCCCCGAUGGUCAACCCAUGCCAGUCGGCGCCGAUGGUCAACCCAUGUACGCUGCCCCAAUCGGCCCCGACGGUCAACCCAUGGCCGUCGGCCCCGACGGUCAACCGAUCGGCCCUGAUGGCCAACCCAUGUAUGGCGCCCCGAUCGGCCCCGAUGGUCAACCCAUGCUCAUCGGCCCCGACGGUCAACCCAUGUAUGGCGCCCCGAUCGGCCCUGACGGUCAACCCAUGUACGGCGCCCCCAUCGGCCCCGAUGGUCAACCCAUGUCUGAGGGUCAGCCUAUGUAUGGUGCCCCCAUCAGCGGCCCACCCAUGCCAGAUGGCCAGACCAUCAUGGGCAACACUUACCAGGUAAAGAUCCCAACGGAAACCAUGAGGGAUGACAACAGCGCCACUACCACGCAGUGGCCAGCCGCGUACCAGCAGAUCCAGGUCGAUGGCGAGACGCAAUAUGUUGCCGGCAAGACUGAGGAAGUUGACGCACCCGCACAGGUCGGCACCCAGCGAGUGGAGCAGACCGUGGCUGGGCAGAGGAAGCAGCAGAUCGUGGAGAUUCCGCAAGUCCAGGAGGUUGUGGAGGAGCAGGAAAUCCCGGAGGUCCAGGUUGUGCAGAAGGUGGUCGAGGUCCCUCAGAUUGUUCAGCAGCCCGUGGAACAGAUCGUGGAGCAGGUUGUUCAGGUGCCACAGAUCAUCCACCAGCCGAAGGUCUCCCAUCGCCACGUGGAGCAGAUGGUCGAUGUCCCUGUGCCGCAGAUUGUGGAGGAGGUUGUCCACGUGCCGGUCACGCAGACGCAAGCUCGCCACUACCAGGUGCCCGUGGAGCAAACAGUGGAAGUUCCAGUGCCCAUGAUGCAGGAGCAGCAGGUGCAUGUUCCCAAGGUGAUGACCCAGAAGCGCCAGAUGCACCAGCACGUUGAGCAGGUCGUGGAGGUUCCUGUGCCCAUGACCCAGGAGGAGGUCGUGCACGUCCCCAAGAUCAUGACGCAGACCCGGGUCAUGCAGCAGCACGUGGAGCAGGUUGUGGAGGUCCCGAUCCCCAUGACCCAGGAGGAGGUUAUUCACGUGCCUGAAAUCAUCACACAGACCCGCAUCGUGCACCAGCCAGUGGAGCAGAUCGUUGAGGUGCCUGUCCCGGUGGCGCAAGAGCAGGUUGUCCCCAUGCCCCAGGGCGCACCCGGGGCACCGCAGGGCAUGAUGGCCCCAGGGCAGCCCCAGGGCGCACCCUACGGUGCGCAGCCCAUGCCCGGUCAGGAGCAAGUCGUCCAAGUGCCCAAGAUCAUGACGCAGACGCGCGUGAUACAGCAGCACGUGGAGCAGGUGGUCGAGAUCCCAAUCCCGCAGACCCAGGAGCAGGUGGUCCAUGUGCCCAAGAUCAUUCCGCAGGAGCGCAUCGUCCACCAGCAUGUGGAGCAGGUUGUGGAGGUCCACGUGCCCAUGACCCAGGAGCAGGUGGUGCACGUGCCGAAGGUGAUGCAGCAGGAGCGUGCCCAUCACUUCCACGUGGAGGAAAUUGUGGAUGUGCCGGUGGAGCAGCACAUCGAGCAGGUUGUGCACGUGCCGAAGGUCCAGAAGGUGGAGAAGAUUGUCCACAACCCCGUUGACCUUGAGGUCGAGGUGCCUCGCCCGGUGGUGAUUGAGAAGGUCGUCCAGGUGCCCACCGUCCAUGUGGAGGAGAAGAUCGUCCGCGUGCCGAAGGUGCUGAACACCGUGGUGGACACCGUGGUCCAGAACACUGUUGAGACCGUGGAGGUGGUGAAGCCGGUAGUGGUCCACAAGGUGGUCCAACGAAAGAGGCCCAUCGUGCAGGAGGAUACCGUGCAGGUGCCCAAGGUCGUCGUGCAGCACGUCCCGGUGCAGAAGGUCGUGGAGAAGCAGGUGUCCGUCCCUGUCGUGCAGGAGGUCGAGCAAAUUGUUGAUGUGCCGGUCGUCAAGCAGAGGCACCUGCCCAUGGUCCAGAAGGUCGAGAAGCAGAUUCAGGUGCCCCAAAUCCAGUACAUGGACCAUCACGUGGAAGUGCCCAUCCAGAAGCAGGUGCACGUUCCCAUGGUCCAGACGGUGCAGAAGCACAUCGAGGUGCCGCAAGUCGUUUUCGAGGAUGAGGUCGUCCAUGUCCCCAUCCAGAAGCAGGUCCACGUGCCCAUGGUCCAGAAGGUGCAGAAGACGGUGGAGGUGCCGCAGGUGCAGUACGAGGACCAGGUCGUCCAGGUCCCCGUCCAGAAGCAGGUCCAGGUCCCCGUCGUCCAGAAGGUGCAGAAGACGGUGAAGGUGCCCCAGAUCCAGUACGAGGACCAGAUCGUGGAGGUGCCCGUGCAGAAGGUGGUGCACGUCCCCGUCGUCCAGCCGGUGCAGAGUUCUCAGGCUCCCAUGCAGAUGGCCCCAGGGCAGAUGGGAGGCCCAGGGCAGAUGGCCGGCCCAGGGCAGAUGGGUGGCCCAGGGCAGAUGAUGGGCCCAGGCCAGAUGAUGGGUCCAGGCCAGAUGGCUGCCCCUGGACAAUUGGCUGGUCCAGGGCAGCUUGCCGGCCCAGGGCAGCCGGUCGGACCAGGCCAGAUGGGCGGCCCAAUCCAAACGAUGGGUCCUGGCCAGAUGGCACCGACCCCCUAUGGGGCGUCAUCGACGCAGAUGGCCCCGCCCGGCACCUACGGUGCGCCGAUGCAGGGACCUGGUGGACCCGCCGGUCCAGGGCAGAGCUCCGUGAUGCAGGGAGCGCCGAGGACGGUGGAGGUGCCUCAGAUCCAAUACGAGGACCAGGUGGUGCAGGUCCCCAUCCAGAAGCAGGUUCACGUGCCCAUGAUCCAGACAGUCCAGAAGACUGUGGAGGUGCCGCAGAUCCAGUACAUGGACAAGGUGGUUGAGGUGCCAGUGCAGAAGCAGGUGCAUGUGCCCCUGGUCCAGACGGUGCAUCGUCCGGUGGAGGUGCCGCAGAUCGAGUACAUCGACCACCAUGUGCACAUCCCCAUCCAGAAGCACCGCCAUGUGCCAGUGCAGAUCCCGGUCCAGCGCCCCGUGGAGGUCAACGUGAUCGAGACCACGGAGAAGGUUGUGGACAUCCCAAUCGUCAAGCAGCGGGAGGUGCCGCAGGUCCAGACCGUUGAGCGAGUCGUCGAAGUGCCGAUGGUGCAGGUGGUCCAGAAGGUCGUGGAGAUCCCUACGGAGGGCCAGACGGUGCAGGGCACCGUAAGGGAAGUUGACAUCCCCGCCGAGCCCCGCCGCGAGGAGCACCCGACGCAGACUGUCCAGCAGGUCCUGGCUGGGCCCGAUCAUCCUAUGGAGGUCGUCCAGGGACAGGUCACGGAAGCUCCCCAGGCUCCCCAGCCACAGGCCAUGCCGGCCCCGCAGCCCAUGCCGGCGCCGCAGCCCAUGCCGGCCCCAACGCAGCCGCAGGGCGCACCCUAUGGGGCCCCACAGCCCAUGACGGUGCCGGCCACGACCACCAUCGGUGAGCCCGUCUACCUGCCACCCACGACCGCCCCGACCGAGGCUCCGGCGCAGAUGGAGCCUGCGGCCUAUGCUCCGGCGACGCAGGUGCCGACCACGACCACCAUCGGUGAGCCCGUGUACCUGCCGCCCACGACCGCCCCGGCCGAGGGUGCCCCUCAGACGGCUCCGGCCUAUGGCGCUCCGGGCCCAGCCUACGGCGCUCCGGCCCCAGCCUACGGCGCUCCGCAGAUGGCGCCUGCCACCUACGCUCCGGCAACGCAGGCGCCAACGACAACCACCAUCGGUGAGCCGGUGUACCUGCCUCCCAUCACUGCGCCUGCUGAGGGUGCCCCUCAGACGGCUCCGGCCUAUGGCGCUCCGGGCCCAGCCUACGGCGCUCCGGCCCCAGCCUACGGCGCUCCGCAGAUGGCGCCUGCCACCUACGCUCCGGCAACGCAGGUGCCUGGCUCCGUGCCUGGCACUACCACCGUCGGCGAGCCUGUCUACCUGCCACCCAUCACUGCCCCAGCGGAGGGCGCCCCUCAGAUGGCUCCGGCCUAUGGCGCUCCGGGCCCAGCCUACGGCGCUCCGGCUCCAGCCUACGGUGCUCCAGCCCCAGCCUAUGGCGCUCCGACCUAUGGUGCCCCGGCCCCAGCCUACGGCGCUCCGGCAUACGGCGCGCCCGCCACGAUCCAGCCUGGUUACGCUCCGGGCUACGGUGCGCCGACCACCAUGCAGGGCGGUGCGAUGCCAGGUACCGUGUACCCCGGCACUGUCAUGCAGGGCGCCCCCGGCACGGACAUCUUCACCAUGAUGGACACCAACAACGACGGCGUUGUGUCCCGCGACGAGUUCGCCGCGGCCAUGAAGUCGGGUGGCGUGGUGCCGGUUGGAACCACCAACUGCCCGGCUUGCGGCAACGUGUACGCGGACGACGCGGUCUUCUGCCGGAAGUGCGGCCGCAAGCGCGACGAGACGUAUCCGGGCAAGAAGUUCACGACAAGCAACGCCCAGAAAGUCUCUCAGAUCACCCUGGAAGCAGAAGUCUUUGGAAGGUCCAGGCGGCGCAAUCCGAAAUCCUUGAUGUCGGCUGGCAAGCGCGAUCGAUAUCCAUUGUUUCCUGAACUGGCAGAGGGCCGUGAGAACAUUGCCCCAUGUUUUGCAUUCCGCCUCUUACGGGCGCGUUUGAUUGAUUUCAGAGCAGCGCCGGGGCAACUCGAGCACUUCUUGGUAUGCAAGGUGACUCCUGGGGUGCCCGGCCCGCAGAUGCUGAUGGAGCCUGUUACUGGGCAGUUCCCUGGGCAGCAGCCUAUGGGUCAGCCAGGCCCCCUCACCUAUCCCAUGCCCGACAACAUCCCAGCCACCGGGCCACCAGGCCCGGGCUACGUGUACGGUGCGCCUCCGGGAACCGAUGGCGCGCCCACGGAUGCGCCGGCCACCACCUUGCCGCCGGCCAUGCAAGCCCCAGGCCAAAACUUCAUGUACGCCGUCCCUGCAGGAACCGACCCCAGUGCUGGCCCCACCUACGCCGCGCCGGCCAUGGGUGAGGGUGCCCCAACAACACCGGGGGUGCCGGGCAUGGGUGAUCCUCUUUACGGUGCCCCGGGCAUGCCCGGUGCCCCAACCAAUGCCCCGGCACCGCUUCCUGGUCAGACGAUCAUGGGCAACACGUACCAGGUCAAGGUCCCCACCGAGAGCGUCAGGGACCCGACGGGUGCCAUCGCGAUGCAGUACCCGGCAUCCUUCAAGCAAAUUCAGGUGGACGGCGAGCCCCAGUAUGUGGCAGGCAAGUCUGAGGCCGUGGACGGCGCGCCGCAGAUUGGCACGCAGCGUGUGGAGCAGACGGUGGCUGGACAGGUGAAGCAACAGAUUGUGGAGAUUCCGCAAGUCCAGGAGGUUGUGGAGGAGCAGGAGGUCCCUGAGGUGCAGGUCGUGCAGAAGGUGGUCGAGGUCCCUCAGAUCAUGCAGCAGCCAGUGGAGCAAAUCGUGGAGCAGAUUGUGCAGGUGCCUCAGGUCAUCCACCAGCCAAAGGUGUCCCAUCGUCAGGUUGAGCAGGUUGUCGAUGUCCCAAUUCCUCAGACGGUCGAGGAGGUCGUCCACGUGCCUGUGAUGCAGACCCAAGCCCGUCAUCACCAGGUGCACGUCGAGCAAACUGUGGAGGUCCCCGUGCCCAUGAUGCAGGAGCAGCAGGUGCACGUCCCCAAGGUCUUCGCCCAGAAGCGCCAGAUGCACCAGCACGUGGAGCAGAUCGUGGAGGUGCCCGUACCCAUGAGCCAGGAGGAGGUCGUGCACGUUCCCAAGAUCAUCACCCAGACGCGCGUCGUGCACCAGCAGGUGGAGCAAAUUGUCGAGGUGCCGGUCCCCAUCACUCAGGAGGAGGUGGUGCAUGUGCCCAAAAUCAUCAAGCAGACGCGCGUGGUGCACCAGCCGGUCGAGCAGAUCGUCGAGGUGCCCGUGCCGAUGACGCAGGAGGAGCACGUCCACGUCCCCCAGGUUGUCACCCAGACUCGUCAGAUACACACGCCUGUGGAGCAGAUUGUGGAGGUACCCGUCCCCAUGGCAGAGGAGGUGGUGGUGCACGUGCCGGCAACCGUGCAGCAGCAGCGCGUGAUGCAUCAGCCUGUCGAGCAGGUGGUGGAGGUGCCCGUGCCGAUGAAUCAGGAGGAGGUCGUUCACGUGCCCAAGGUGAUUCAGCAGGAGCGCGUGAUGCACCAGCCUGUGGAGCAAGUGGUUGAGGUCCCCGUGCCCAUGACUCAGGAGCAAGUGGUGCACGUCCCAAGGGUGAUGCAGCAAGAGCGCGCCCACCACAUCCACGUGGAGGAGAUCGUGGAUGUUCCCGUCGAGCAGCACAUUGAGCAGAUCGUGCACGUGCCGAAGGUCCAGAAGGUCGAGAAGCUUGUCCACAACCCGGUAGAGUUGCAGGUGGAGGUGCCCCGCCCGGUGGUGGUGGAGAAGACGGUGCAGGUGCCGCGCGUCUCCGUGGAGGAGAGGGUGAUCCGCGUGCCCAAGGUGGUGAACACCGUCGUCGACACGGUGGUGCAGAACACCGUUGAGACGGUGGAGGUCGUGAAGCCGGUAGUGGUGCACAAGGUUGUCCAGAGGAAGAAGCCGGUCAUCCAGGAGGACGUGGUGCAGGUGCCCAAGGUCGUCGUGCAGAAUGUCCCCGUGCAGAAGGUGGUUGAGAAGCAGGUGGCCGUACCAAUGGUGCAGGAAGUCGAGCAGGUCGUGGACAUACCGGUGGUGAAGCACAGGCAGGUGCCCAUGGUCCAGAAGGUGACCAAGCAGGUCGAGGUGCCGCAGGUGCAAUUCACCGACCACCACGUGGAGAUUCCCAUCCAGAAGCAGGUGCAUGUGCCCAUGCUCCAGACCGUCAUGAAGGAGAUUGAGGUGCCCCAGGUCCAGUACGAAGACGAGGUCGUCCACAUCCCCAUCCAGAAGCAGGUCCAGGUGCCCAUGGUGCAGAAGAUUCAGAAGACGGUGGAGGUGCCGCAGAUCCAGUACGAAGAUCAGGUUGUCCAGGUCCCCGUGCAGAAGCAGGUCCAGGUGCCCAUGAUUCAGAAGGUGCAGAAGAUCGUGGAGGUCCCGCAGAUCGAGUACGAGGACCAGAUUGUGCCCGUCCCCGUGCAGAAGCACGUGCAGGUCCCCAUGGUCCAGACUGUGCAGAGGCAGGUGGAUGUGCCUCAGCUCCAGUACGAGGAUCAGGUCGUCCAUGUGCCUGUUCAGAAGCACGUGCACGUGCCCAUGGUCCAGCAGGUGCACAGGCAAGUGGAGGUUCCCCAGAUUGCGUACCAAGACCAGGUGGUGCCCGUCCCCGUCCAGAAGCAGGUUCACGUGCCGCAAGUGCAGACUCUCCAGAAGACUGUGGAGGUGCCACAAAUCCAGUACGUGGACAAGGUGGUGGAGGUUCCGAUUCAGAAGCAGGUGCAGGUUCCGAUGGUCCAGACCGUGCACAAGCAGGUCGACGUUCCCCAGAUUGAGUACAUCGACAACCAUGUGCACAUCCCCAUCCAGAAGCACCGCCAUGUGCCAGUGCACAUCCCCAUUGAGCGUGCCGUUGAGGUCACCGUCAUUGAGACCGUCGAGAAAGUCGUGGAUGUGCCCAUCGUCAAGCAGGUCGAAGUGCCACAGGUCCAGACCGUGGAGAAGGUGGUGGAGAUUCCAAUGGUCCAGACCGUGGAGAAGAUGGUGGAGGUUCCAAUGGAGGGCCAGACGGUGCAGGGAACCGUCCGCGAGGUGGACGUCCCGGGGCAGGGGCGACGAGAGGAGCAUCCCACCCAGACCGUCCAGCAGGUGCUGGCAGGGCCUGACCACCCCGUGCAAGUUGUUCAGGGAGCCCAGUCCUUAGCCUUUGGGCAGGUGCCAGGCACCACCACCAUCGGUGAGCCGGUCUACCUGCCACCCAUGACUGCCCCGGCCGAGGUGCCAGGACUACCUGUGCCCUGA